AUGUCUUCCCGGCGAGCUCCUCUCACCAGCAACCCGAAUGUCGCCAACUCACCUCUCAGAGCUCCCUCGACCCUUAACGGGUAUCCCAAGCAGAAGCGGUCCUAUGCCACCGUCCAGCGUGAGGAAGCCUACGGCCAGCCGCCUCCGGUGAAGAAGCAGGCCCUCGAGAAUGGCUCUCGCGCCGUCCGAUCUCCGUCCAAGACGGCGGCUACGGCCACGGCGUCCCGCACCCAUGUCCUCGUACAGCGUGGCGGGGCCGCUCGUUCGACAACGUCUAGGGACCGUGUUUCGAGGGCCGCCCCCGCAGCCCAGUCUACGAGAACCGGCCAGGAGGCAGAUACCCAAGUCUGGCGGAGCCACUACAAGGCCAAGUUCCCCAAGAUGGUGUUUUACUUUGAAAGCAUCCCUGAUGAUGUCCGGGCAAAGCUGGUCAAGCGAGUGACGUACUUUGGUGCUCGCCACGAACCCUUCUUCUCGAUCGAUGUGACGCACGUAAUCACAACAAGGCAAAUCCCCUCCGAGCGAUCCCAGCCAGCUGGUGAAGGUGCUGCCGAGCCGGCCGUGUCGGACCACCAGCAGUCUCAGCAGCGUCAACAGCAGGACGAGCCUGAGGAACAACCGCAGACUAUCAAUCCGUCGUUGCUCGAUAGGAAUACCGCCGCGCGACGGAAGCUCCUCUUCGACUUUCGUCAGGCGUCCGUGUCGUCGCAGCAGUUGGAUGACCCCGCCAAGCGGAACAGGGCGCGUAACAACGACGUUUUGCACAAGGCUCGGGACAUGGGCAAGAAGAUCUGGCCCUUGGAGAAGUUCCAAAAUAUGCUGUCGGUACUGCUGGAGGCCGAGCACCAAGGCGGCCAGCCCUCACGCAACUCGACUGUGCGGAACCACUACGGCGUGUCCAAGAGCUCGCACGAGCCGAACCUGCUCCAGCUCUUGCACAACGAGCGCAUCAACGGCCCCUCGGACCGAGACCCCACUGCCGUCAACAGGGAGUUGGUCUACUUCAAGGGUCCCUUCAUUCACGUCUGGGACAUGGACGAGAAACAGAAGCCCAUUAUGGUGCGCGAGUAUCCCAAGGUUGCAAGCAAGCAGGAUGGCGAGUGGCCUCAGUUCCGAAGCGUCGGCAACGGCCGCUGCCCUUUCGUCGAGGAAAUCGAGGUUCCUGACAAGGAGCAGCGACGGAACCGUGAGCGCGAAAAGGCACGCGCGGCGGCAGCUGCGGCGGCAGCCGCUGCGAAGAAGGAAGAGGCGGCACAUAUCCCCAUUCUGAAGCCACCAGAGGUGCCCGUGGUCAAGCCGGUGACCGGGAAGCGGACGCUGGCGGAGAUGGAAGACGGCCAUAACAGGGGUCUCCGAGCUGCCACGCCGACAGACAUGCACAAUCCUACCAAAAUCGCUGCCCCGAAGCUGAUGGAUUCGCGACCACAGAAUGCCUUCAUCAGCCGCGCAGAAGGUGGCCGACUCUUUGCCGGGGAGCCGGUCGCUUCUGGCAUGCAGCCGUCGAAUAUCACGUCGGCUAUUCGGUCGCAGAUGAUCUCUUCAACGUCCGGCAUUAACGGGGUCAAAGCGGGUACGAGCAAAGAGGUUCAUGGCCUUCAGCGCAAAGUGCUCCAGAAGGCCGCCCCUGCGUCCCAGGACCCCAGCUCCCGCCGUCUGGCAGAAGUCUCGAUGGAAGUCGCAUCUAGUCGAUCGACCAACAUGGGCCGCCAGACGUCCAGGACGGUGCAGACCCCGGACGAAGACUCUCAGCGCACAGAUGGCAAGGACAAGCGCGCCCAGUCACAGACGCUGAAGAGCAAGAAAGAUCUGAAGCCCGGCUACUGCGAGAACUGCCAGGACAAGUUCAGAGACUUUGACGAGCAUAUCCUGUCACGCAAGCAUCGCAAAUUUGCCGAGAACGACGAGAACUGGACUGAGCUGGACCAGCUGCUGGCUCAGCUCAAGCGCAUGCCCAAGUAUCCCGGCGCGGACUCCGAUGACGAGUCCUGGUAG